AUGAAUAACCGUGUUGAUCUGGUGGAGAAAAUCACUCCGUGGAGAGAAUCAUGGGAAGUGCAUGUUAAAGUUGUGAAGUUGUGGUACCACAAGAAUCCUGCUUUGGAUCCUUCUCAAAAUCUAUUGCAUAUGGUGUUAAUGGAUGAGAAGUUACAAAAGAUCCAAGCAACCAUUAGAGAUCAGCUUAUACCAAAAUUUGUUGUGUCUCUAACUGAAGGAGAGGUGUACUUGAUGACCCAUUUUACGGUUGUACCAAACACUGGUUUGAACAGAGUGGCAAAACAUAGGUUCAGACUUUUGUUCCAAUAUAAGACCUCUUUUGUUUCUGUGGUAUCUGUAAGGAUACCACAUUCGGGUUUGUGUUUUACAUCAAUAGAUGAAAUUAAUCAAAGGAAGGACGACGAUUUACUCAUUGAUUUUGUUGGGAUCAUUACUGGUGUUCGAAAAGAAAGAGAUGUAGCAUCAUAUGGCAAGAUGAUCAAAGCAGUUGUGCUCGAAGUUUUUUCUGAUGGCAAAAAGGAACAAUGCAAUGUGUUUGGAAAUGCUUGUGAUCUGUUGGAAUAUGAUAACUUACAAAAAUAUCCAAGAUCUCCACUGAUUGUUCUCGAGUCUUUUAAAAUCAAAGCAAUUGAAGGUGGGAUAAUCCUGCAGAAUGUGAUGAAUGUCUCUAGGUUAUUCAUUAAUCCUGACAUUCCUGAGUCUGUUGAGUUCUUGAGCAGUAAUAUUCAAGAUCUUCGUGCAGAUAACAGGGAUGGUCAUUACUUUGUUAUUGGGACAAUUAAGGAAGUUAUGGAUGAACCAGAUUGGUGGUCUUACUCAUGUGUAUGUGGUCAUGCCGUUGUUGAGCAUGAGGAUCUCUACCUUUGUGAUGCUUGUGGUUCAUGUAUUGAACAUGUUAUGGUCAAAUAUGGGAUUCGGGUAAAGAUUCACCAUGGUGGGUGGGCUGUUUUGUUUGUUCUGUUUGAUAAUGCGAUCCGUCGGUCAUAUUCUCCACAUAUGUUUGAUGAUGUUGUUGGUGAGGAGAAAAUUUUCAAGGUUGAAAUUAAUUUUGCAGUUGAUCGAGAUUACUCCGGGUGCUUUAAAAUUGUAAAUGUCUUUAGUCAUAAUCCGGAACCAGCUGCAACCGAUGAUUAUAUCAAUGCAAGGCUUCACGGUCGCAUUUUUCCACCAAUCUAUGACACCUAUUUGCAGUAUGCAACUGGGGAAGAUAACAAGACUCAAGUAGUGUGUGAUAAUUCUAUUCAAUCAGAAAUUAUUGAAGAUAUUAUUACUGAUCUUAUUUCACCCAAUCAUUGCUAUUCUAAUGCUGAGAACUUAGUAAAUGAUAGUUUUGUAAAUUAUUUGAAAUUUGAAAUGUUGUAA